CUUCAGCUGGCAGUGAAGGACUCGCAUAUUUUUGGAUGCCUUUUCCUGAGCUCCGGGUCACGGGUACCUAUGAUUGGCUUGGCACACGCGCGGGAAUGGGUACGACGUCCUGCCUUGCGGCUGGCCGUUAAAUUCCUGGGAUCGUUAAGCACACACCAUAUCGCUUCCUUUACACUGGCAGGCCUUUAGUGUGCCAGUGCUGCAGUUUCAACUCCCUAGAGAGAUGGGGCAGUGGUCAUCUUGCCUCACUAACAUAACAAACUAUGUGGCCAUCAAGCUCCAUCGGGUUGCAUUAUUCCUCCGUCCCCCCGGUCAUCCAGAUCGAUCCAUGUAUCUGAACAGUCUUGCUGCCAGCCUUCGAGAGAGAUUCCGGCAGCGGGGCAUCACGUCUGAUCUUGAUGAGGCCAUCGAACUCCAUCGCGGUGCACUCCUCCUCCGUCCCUCCGGUCAUCCAGAUCGAUCCACAUUUCUCAACAAUCUUGCAUCCAGCCUUCGAGACAGAUUCCUGCAACGUGGAAUCAUGUCCGACCUUGAUGAGGCCAUCGAGCGCCAUCGGGAUGCAUUACUCCUAUGUUCUUCAGGUCAUCCAGAUCGAUCCAUGUUUCUCAACAAUCUUGCAGUCAGCCUUCGAGACAGAUUCCUGCAACGCGGAAUCAUGUCCGACCUUGAUGAGGCUAUCGAGCACCAUCAGGGUACAUUACUCCUAUGUUCCUCAGGUCAUCCAGAUCGAUCCACAUUUCUCAACAAUCUUGCAUCCAGCCUUCGAGACAGAUUCCUGCAACGUGGAAUCAUGUCCGACCUUGAUGAGGCCAUCGAGCACCAUCGGGAUGCAUUACUCCUAUGUUCCUCAGGUCAUCCAGAUCGAUCCACAUUUCUCAACAAUCUUGCACUCAGCCUUCGAGACAGAUUCCUGCAACGCGGAAUCAUGUCUGACCUUGAUGAGGCCAUCGGGCUCCAUCGGGCUGCACUGGAGCUCUUCCCCCCACAUCAUUCAAAUCGAUCUGCGUCACUGAACAAUCUUGCGAUCAGCCUUCAAGACAGAUUCCGGCAGCGUGGCAUCAUGUCUGACCUUGAUGAGGCCAUUAAGCUCAAUCGGGCUGCAUUACUCCUCCGUCCCCCUGGUCAUUCUGAACGAUCCAUAUCUCUGAACAAUCUUGCUGGCAGCCUUCGAGAGAGGUUCCUGCAACGUAGCAUCAUGUCUGAUCUCGAUGAGACCAUCGAGCUCUAUCGGACUGCAUUAUUCCUCCAUCCCCCAGGUCAUUCUGAACGAUCCGCGUCCCUGAACAAUCUUGCUGUCAGCCUUCGAGACAGAUUCCAGCAGCAUGGCAUCAUGUCUGACCUUGAUGAGGCCAUCGAACUCCAUCGGGCUGUGUUGGAGCGCCUCCCCCCGCAUCAUUCAUAUCGAUCCAUGUCUCUCAGCAAUCUUGCUAUCUGCCUUGGAGACAGAUUCAAGCAGCGUGGGAUCAUGUCUGACCUUGAUGAGGCCAUCGAGUUCCAUCGGACUGCAUUACUCCUUCGUCCCCCUGGUCAUUCUGAACGAUCCAUGUCUCUCGACAAUCUCGCUGACAGCCUUCGAAACCGAUUCCGGCAGCGGUGCAUCAUGUCUGACCUUGAUGAGGCCAUCGCGCUUCAUCGGGAUGCAUUACUCCUCCGUCCCCCUGGUCAUUCUGAACGAUCCAGGUCUCAGAACAAUCUUGCUACCAGCCUUCAAGACAGAUUCCGGCAGCAGGGCAUCAUGUCCGACCUUGACGAGGCCAUCGAGCUCCAUCGGGCUGCGCUGGAGCUUCUCCCCCCGUAUCAUUCUAAUCAAUCCCUGUACCUCGGGAAUCUUGCCCUCAGUCUGGGAUACAGAUUCCAGCAGUGGGGCCUCCAGCCUGACCUUGAUGAAGCAUUCAGCUUGUAUUUGCGACUAUCCCACCUAUCGCAUACAGCAUCUCGCACAGAUCUUACUGUUGCCAAGUCAUGGGCAGCCUCCGCCCACAUCCUCAAUCAUGACUCCGCAUUGCUUGCCUAUGCGACUGCACUGAAAUUCCUAGAUCAGCAAGUUGCUCUCUUGUCGUCUUCUUCGCAUCAUUUCAACGUCAUCAGGGAGGCUGUUUCUUCCCUUGCCACAGAUGCUUUUUCAUGCAGUGUUCGUCAUGGUGCGCUGACGACUGCGGUAGAGCUGUUGGAGCAAGGUCGUGGAGUAUUCUGGACCCAGUUGGCACGCUUCAGCACACCACUCGAUGAACUUUCUGGGUCAGGUGACACCGGCAUGGCCUUGGCAGAAGAGUUCAAACGGCUGAGCUUUCGCCUUCAUAAUGCGUUCGAUCAGUCUACCGAAGACAAGUCUCCGCAAAUCCGGCAACUGACCAUGCAAUGGGAUGACGUCGUCUCUCGUAUUCGCAUGCUUCGUGGCUUUUCGCGUUUUGUUCUGCCUCCCCUAUUCUCCGACCUGCAGAAAGCGGCAGACGAUGGUCCAAUCAUUAUUCUUAAUGCAAGCCAGUUUGGCUGUGAUGCCUUGAUUAUCCAUAGCACGAAAGAUCCUGUCCAUGUUCCGCUUGACACUACGCAAGCCGAAGUGUCCGAGUUCUCCUCCGAGUUCCACUCACUUGUAGAGCAGUUUGGUUCUUCUAAUCAUCAACUCAAGCUUGUCGGCAUCCUUCGCAAGCUAUGGGACCAUUUCGUUCAUCCCAUAGUCCAAUCCCUCAAGGAGUCUCAAGUUCCCCCUCACUCACGUAUCUGGUGGUGUCCCACUGCUGAAUUCACGCUGCUUCCCCUCCAUGCAGCAGGACCUUACGAGAAAAACAAAGACAAUCUGUCUAACAUUUACAUCUCCUCUUACACCCCCACUCUGGCGACUCUUAUUCGUGCAAGACAGCAAGUUUCUCGAGAUGCGUCCUCGCGACGUUUUGUUGCCAUUGGUCAAGCGAACCCAGAUAGAGGGAAGGGACUCCGAUGUGUCGCCCCUGAAUUAGCUGUGGUAGCUCAAUAUCUCGCGCCCGUCGUCUCCUUCACAUCGCUCGAGGACGGCGAUGCAACAGUCGAGGGUGCACUCGAUGCACUAAACCAUAAUCAGUGGCUCCAUUUCGCCUGCCAUGGAAUGCCAAAUCGGACACAACCCUUUGAGUCUUCCUUCGCCAUGCGCGACGGACCUUUAAUGAUCAAGGACAUCAUCAGAUCCAACUGGCAGAACCCGGAGUUUGCAUUCUUAUCGGCCUGCCACACUACCGUGGGCGAUGAGAAGAGUCCCGACGAGUCGAUCCAUCUUGCUGCGGCUAUUCAAUUCUGCGGAUUUCGCAGUGUGAUUGGUUCCAUGUGGUCUGUCGAUGACGAUGUUGCACGCCAGGUCGUGUCUGCUUUUUACCGUCAACUCAUUCAAGUUGAUGAUUCGAGGAAAUUGGACUGCACAUGUGCUGCGGUAGCGCUGCACAAGGCUGUGAAGUCGUUGCGCAACAAGAUUCCGCUAGAACAGCAGAUUGUAUUUGUUCACAUAGGUGUGUAGUUGGAGACUCGAUUCACUAUAUCAUUCCAUUCGUUUCCCUCGCUCUUCUGCUGCUUAUUAUUUGAUGACACC